UAAGGGUUUCAGUUCAGUUAAAAUCGGUCACGUCAGCAACACAUGCAGCAGACGUAAUAAAAUACUCCUAACAGCGCCUAAGUCAGCAGUGCGGAGUGGAACGUGGGACGCGACAGUUACAUUGCUAUAUUGCAAUAGAAGAUCCGAGAAUGAACAUUACGAUCUACGUACUGCUCUUAGCAGUUGCUGCAGCAUCAUCUGUUUAUGGACAAAGUCCUGGAAUGACCCAGACAACUGAAGGACAAAAUGACACGUCAUGCGUUCGAGGCACGUGUAGCUGUUGCGAAAGCUGUUUAACAUGGAACAUUGUGGAGCAAUUGUUCACAGAAAAAUCGAAACGAGUAGAAAUGGAGAACACAAUUAAAGAGAUGAAAUCAGCUAUUUCGGCGCUAGAAACCCAGAUGUCAACAGAAAAAAAGUUCAGAUGUGAAGCAGGACAACUGGGAAAACACGCAAACCAUGCUCCAAGUUGGCCAUUAAUUCAAACGGUUACCUUUAAAAUAGCAUUUCAAGAAAAGCCUACUGUAACCUAUGGUCUGUAUUUACUCGAUGCCACCUACACAGCAAAUGUCCGUGUUGUCACGGAAGUGAAAAACGUCACCAAUGCUGGAUUUCAGGUAGUACUGAAGACCUGGGCGGACUCAACGAUGUUCGGUGCCAGAGUCAGCUGGAUGGCGUGUGGGAGAUAGACAGAGUCAGUUGUAUGACGUGUGGAAGAUUGAUAAACGUAUCAGAAAAAAGCAUUGUAACAUGUCAUGUACACAUGUACUAAAAUAAAAGUACGUUAUGUUCUUUUCA